AUGCCUUAUGUAUCUGCUGCUCGUUACGGUAAGGACAAUGUCCGCGUCUGCAAGGUCGACCGUGAUGCUACGACCGGCAUCCAGACCGUCACUGAGAUGACCGUCUGCUGUCUCCUUGAGGGAGAGAUUGAGACCUCGUAUACCGAGGCCGAUAACAGCGUUGUCGUCGCCACCGACUCCAUCAAGAACACCAUCUACAUCACCGCCAAGGAGAACCCCGUGAACCCUCCAGAGCUGUACGCCUCUAUCCUCGGCAGCCACUUCAUCCAGAAGUACAAGCACAUCCAUGUCGCCAACGUCAACGUCAAGACUGUCCGCUGGACGCGCCUGGCCGUUGAUGGAAAGCCUCAUCCUCACAGCUUCUUCAAGGAUGGCGAGGAGACGCGAAACGUCGAGGUCCGCGUGAGCCGCCAGGAUGGCAUUCAGAUCAAGAGCUCCAUCGUCGGCCUGACCGUUCUCAAGAGCACCGGCUCUGCUUUCCACGGAUUUGUCCGCGAUGAGUACACCACCCUGCCAGAGACUUGGGACCGCAUCUUCUCGACCGAUGUGGACGCUUCAUGGAAGUGGAACACCUUUGAGAACGCUGCGGCAGUCCAGGCCUUUGCCCCCAAGUUCGAUAAGGCUUGGGAGGUGGCACGAGCCGUUACCCUCAAGAUCUUUGCCGAGGAUGACAGUGCCAGUGUUCAGGCCACCAUGUACAAGAUGGCUGCUCAGAUUCUGGAGACCGUGCCCGAGAUUGACACUGUCGUCUACGCACUACCAAACAAGCACUACUUCGAGAUUGAUCUGAGCUGGCACAAGGGCAUCAAGAACACCGGCAAGGACGCCGAGGUCUAUGCUCCCCAGUCUGGACCCAACGGUCUCAUCAAGUGCGAGGUGUCCCGCGACACUCUGCAGCCAAGGCUAUAG